UUCUCUCGUCUGAAGAUGGCGGCCGGGACUCUCUACACGUACCCAGAGAACUGGCGGGCCUUCAAGGCCCAGAUUGCAGCCCAGUACAGUGGGGCUUGCCUUAAAGUCGCCAGCAAUUCUCCUGCCUUCACCUUUGGGCAGACGAACCGCACUCCUGCCUUCCUCAACAACUUCCCACUGGGCAAGGUACCUGCAUACCAGGGAGAUGAUGGUUUCUGUCUGUUUGAGAGUAAUGCCAUUGCUCACUACUUGAGCAAUGAUGCACUGCGUGGUGCCACUGCCCAGGCGGCAGCCCAGGUGCUGCAGUGGGUGAGCUUCGCUGACUCGGAGAUCAUCCCUCCAGCCAGCGCAUGGGUUUUCCCCACUCUGGGCAUCAUGCAGUUCAACAAGCAGGCCACAGAGCAGGCCAAGGAGGACAUGAAGAGGGCCCUUGCCAUGCUGAACCAACACCUGAACACCCGUACCUUCCUAGUGGGAGAAAGGGUCAGCCUGGCUGACAUCACUGUUGCAUGCGCCAUGCUCUGGGUCUACAAACAGGUCCUUGAGCCUUCUUUCCGUCAGCCAUACCCCAACGUGACUCGCUGGUUUGUCACUUGUGUCAAUCAGCCCCAAUUCAAGACUGUCCUUGGAGAGGUCAAUCUAUGUGAAAAGAUGGCCCAGUUUGAUGCCAAGAAGUUUGCUGAAAUGCAGCCCAAGAAAGAGGCACCACCUAAGAAAGAGAAGGGAGGAAAAGAGGCUGCCAAACCCCAGGAAAAGAAGAAAAAGGAAGAGAAGAAGCCGGCCCCAGCAGAGGAGGAGCUUGAUGAAUGUGAGGCUGCUUUGGCUGCUGAACCCAAAAGCAAGGACCCCUAUGCACUCAUGGCAAAGAGCUCAUUCGUCAUGGAUGAGUUCAAGAGAAAGUAUUCCAACGAAGACACCCUCAAAGUAGCCAUUCCCCACUUCUGGGAGAACUUUGACCACGAGGGUUACUCCAUCUGGUACUCCGAGUACAAAUAUCCUGAGGAGCUUACACAGGUCUUCAAGAGCUGCAACCUGAUCUCAGGUAUGUUCCAGCGUCUGGAAAAACUCAGAAAGACUGCCUUUGCUAGUGUCGCCUUGUUUGGCGUCAACAACAGCAGCAGCAUCUCUGGCAUCUGGGUCUUCAGAGGCCAGGAGCUGGCCUUCCCUCUAUUUCCAGACUGGCAGAUCGACUACGAAUCAUAUGACUGGCGCAAGCUGGAUUCAAAAAGCGAGGAGUGCAAGACCUUGGUGAAGGAGUACCUGGCCUGGGAGGGUGACUUUAAGCACGUGGGUAAAGCCUUCAAUGAGGGCAGGAUCUUAAAGUGAGGGGACUCCGGGAGCGUCUGAACUAAAGCACUCUGCGCUGCUUCCCAGCACUUCCAAUGGAUGGACCUUCAGCCACCACGUGCUUACUUUACUGCAAGAAUGACUUUGAAUUACAGUGUUUAAGGCGGGGGUGAAUAGUCUCAGUGGCCCCAGACGUUGGUUUUUGUGGUUUUUGGGUUCACCUGUGAAAUAAAGCAUUUUCCACCAAGCUA